AUGCUUUUUGGUGACGCUCUCUCCCUCCUCGCCCGCUGUUCUGACAACGACCGUACCGACCCCGAGGAUGGCCUCACUUGCCCCAAACGAUGGUCGAUCCACAAGGAGGAGAAGUGCUCAAGCCAGCGCCUCGACAUCAACUCAGCGCCCGGUACCCUUCUCCAGGCGGCGAUAGCCCCGGGGAACCAGAGAAAGGCGCCAGUAAUCCCGAAGCCUGGGCCGGCGUUGUUGUACACAAGGCCACCCGGAACCUUUCAGCCGUCCCUACCCCAGCAGCAGCAGCACGCUCAACAGCAGCCCCCGCCCCAGCCUCAGCCUCCCCAGCCUCAGCCUCCCCAGGCCCAGCAGCCCCAGGCUCACGCUCGUUGGCAAGGAGUAGACCUGCCUCUACAGAAGACAGUUCUAUUUACCAUGUUUGUAAGUGCAGUCUGCCUGGCUGCUGGGUAUUGGCACAACUUCGACCAUCCCACGGUUGCGGGCGGGCGCCUUUACAAUUACGCCGGCCCGGCCUUCUGGCUCAGUGCCGCCUUGUUCUUGCUCCCCGGGUUCAUCGCCGGCUGGAACAGGGUGGCAAACGCUGAGGUGCAGUCGAGGGUCUGGAUUGGAGUGGCGGUGGUCGCGCUGCUAUCACAACUCUACAACAUGUCCUCAUCCCAGACCCCGCCCCAGUCCCAGGAGCACCAACCACACACACACAGUCAGUGCUAUGUUUCUGAGCGCAAUCUGCCUGGCUGUUGGGUUGUUGCUGAUUUGGAAGGGCCCCAGUCCCAGGAGCAGCACCAAUUGCACACUUACCCUCCUCUUCCCCAUGAAUCCUCACAACACUCGCCCUCUUCCCCGUCCCCCUCACCCUCUUCCCCGUCCCCCUCACCCUCUUCCCCGUCCCCCUCGCCCUCUUCCUCAUCGCCAUCCGAGUCGCCUCAAGUCCAGCAGCUGCAGCAGCAACUGGAGCAACAGGAGCACCAACAGGAGCAGCAGGAGCAGCCCCAGGCUCACGCUGGUUGGCAAAGAACAGACCUGGGCCUACAACUAGCAGCCUGUGCGCCCUUCGCCUUUUCGUUGCAUGCGAUUUUCCUGGGUGCUGGGUUGGUGCUGACUUGGAAGGGUCGGACGGUUCCGGGUCGCCGUCUGAAAGAUUAUGUCGGCCCAUCCUUCUGGAUUCUUGGCGCCCUUCUCUCCUUCCCCCGCCUAAUUGUCCCGGGCACUGAGUCGACGGCGUUGGGCUGGCUUGCGGUGGCGAUGGCGGCGCUGGUUCUAGGCAUCGUCAGCACGGUGGGCAACAUGGUCUUCGCAAGUCAAGGACACGGGUAA